AUGGAAGUUCAGCCGACGGAUCAUACAAUUUUCUCUCACAUUCUGAAGGCUUGUUCAGCUCUGUCAUUUGGACAGGGAAGGUCUGUCCAUGCAUCCUUGAUUAAGCAGGGAUUUGAUUUAUUUACUUCUGUGGGAAAUUCAGUAAUGGACUUUUAUGCGAAAUCAGGAGCAUUGGGAUCUGCAGUGGAUGUCCUGAAUAGCAUGAAGACAAAGGAUUCCGUUUCGUGGAAUACAGUUCUCCACGGGCAUCUUGAUCAAGGUGCUUUUGAGGAAGGAUUAAAUUUGUUUAUACAAGCACGGGUAUUUGGAUUUGAGCCAAAUGUCUCCACUCUAGUGCUCAUAAUUCAGGCACAUCACCGUCUUAGAGCUUUCCAUGAUGGCCAGAGGUUUCAUGCAUACUUGAUUCAAAGUGGGCUCUUAAGUUCAAUUUCAGUCCAAAAUGCUCUCUUGGGCAUGUACACAGACUUCGGGAUGGACUAUGCAGAAAGCCUUUUUCAUGAAAUUUACGAGAAAGAUGCGAUUUCGUGGAGUGUGAUGAUUGGAGGUUAUGUCCAUUGGGAUGAUGCUAUUACUGCUCAAUUGUCUUUUAAACAGAUGGUCUCAGAUGUUGGGAUUGAAGUGGAUGGACAAACCAUGGUUAGUGUACUCAAGGGCUGUGCUACCCUAGGUGACAUCCGGGUGGGAAAAUUGAUUCAUGGAUUUUCGGUUGUCAGAGGUUUGGAUUAUGAUUUGUUUGUUUCAAACACUCUGGUUGAUCUCUAUUGCAAGUGUGGGGACAUUGACUCUGCUGUUAUGGCAUUCAGGGGAAUUCCUUACAGGAACAUAGUAUCUUGGAAUUCUCUGCUAUCUGGAUUUGUUCAUAAUGGGAAGCAUGAAGAAGCAUUGGCAUUGUUUUCCUUAAUGAGUCAGUCGGGAGUUACUGCUGAUGACGUCACUUUAGUGAACCUACUUGCAACUUGCAAGGUCUCGAGAAAUCUGCAUCAAUGCAAGUCGAUUCACUGUAGAGUAAUCCGGGGAUAUUCCCAGUCAAACGAUUUGGUCGUGAAUUCAUUAAUUGAUGCAUACACCAAAUGUACACAGAUCAAUCUUUCUUUUAGACUAUUCUGCCAAAUCAAAAGACCGGAUAUCGUGACAUGGAGUACGAUGAUAUCAGGUUUAACCAACUGCGGCUUGCCUGAUGAAGCGAUCCUUCUUUAUCGGGACAUGCGGCUUUCGCGCCAGAAUCCAAAUCCAGUAACAAUUUUAAACCUUAUCGAGGCCUGUGCGCUAUCUGCUGAAAUCAAAAGAUCCAAGUGGGCCCAUGCCAUUGCAAUCCGGAUGGGGCUGAUGGGUGAUGCUGUUGUUGGUACUGCAAUACUCCAUAUGUACGCAAAAUGCGGAGCCAUAGAAGCUUCUAGAAGGGCAUUCGAUCAGAUCACAACAAAAAAUGUCGUGUCAUGGAGUGCGAUAAUUGCCGCAUACGGCCUGAAUGGAUUUCCCCGUAAAGCACUGGCUUUGCUUUCCGAAAUGGAAGCUCGUGGUUUAACGCCCAAUCCAGUUACAAUUCUCUCGGUUUUGUCUGCAUGCUGCCAUGGAGCUGGGAAACUUGAUGAUGCACUGGGAGUGAUUAAGUCUGUCCCUGUUGGCAUGAAGCCUGGUGCAAGUGCUUGGGGUGCACUUUUGAGUGGUUGUAAAAACUAUGAGGCUGGGAAACUCGUUGGGGAUGCUUUUUCUCACGUUCUUGAAUUGGAGCCGUCGAGCUCGGCUGGUUAUUUACUUGCAUCAAAUACGUAUGCUGCCAGAGGUUCGUGGGAAGAUGCCUCUGGGAUUAGAUGUUUGAUGAAUGAAAGGGGAGUAAAAGUGGUAGCUGGUUACAGUUUGGUUCAUGUUAAAUAG